AUGUUUCACGACAAGGGAAGCUCCAGGCACAAAAGCACGCCGAGGUUUCGUAGCAGCCUGAGUCAGAAGGCGCCGGAGCACGCCCUUUCGAGUGCAUCUCUUGCGGCUCACCGAGACAAAUUUGGCUUUGGGGAGAUUGGAGGCGCCGAGCGUUACUUUAGUCAUCCGCUGGCUCGGUUCCUUUGUGGCGUGCUCGGUCACCCAAAACCUGGUUUGCCCACCGCCUGCAACGAUAUGGACGGCGGCAGCAAUCCGUUGGAGGCGGGAGCGCCUUUAGUUUGUUGUUUUCAUAGUUUAUAUCGCUUCUGUUUCAGUCUGGAACUGUGCUGUGACACGGUGGAAUGCCCCAAGAAACACAGAUCUUCAUUUCUUUGCUUUAACCACAUCUUGGACGAGAAAGCGAAACGGGCAAGAACGCUCGAAUUCAACCUCGACUUUCACAUCGAAAGGCGAUAA